AUGGACGACUCUCCACCUCCGACAUACACAGAGACAAGUCGCGUACCUCCCUUUGUAGCCUGGCUUCUCAACCACUGCGUCUCUAGGCUGCUCCGUAUCGACCUUUUUGAAGCCGCCAAUUCACAAACUUUCUCCGUUUCUCAGGAGACGUCGAUGAAAGUCGACGCCAAGCAUCUAGACAGGUUUGAUCAGGACGUCAAGGUGCAGGAGAUGGAGAGCAAGAAGAGCCAAGUCACCCUUUUUAGGAUGAUCAACACUAUCAAUCAGCUGCCAAAAGUCAAGCAACGGGCAACAGGCUUGAGGGCAGACUUUGAGAUGGGCGAUGAUAUAGCCGAAUUGGUGCAGGGCCUGCAUAGGAAAUAUGUUGACCUGGAGCAGAUCAGGAUUGCGAACCAUCGGCUGCAGGCCUCCAGCACGCAUGGACAAUUCUAG